CAGCGGGAAGCGGGGAGCUCAAGGUCAAGUUCACUCUAGGCCCCGCCCCCAGCCCGGGUCAAAGCGAGUAACCUGGUCCCCACCCUGGUUGAGCAGCAGGUCCGCGGUCCCUGUUGGACCCCCGAGGUUCAGGUGCCGCUGUGGAGCCGAGCGACGCGCAGGCAGGGUGGCCACUGCAGUGGGUGUGGAUGUGUGUGACAGCAUGAAGAGCCGAAUCCCUGUGGUGCUGCUGGCCUGUGGGUCCUUCAACCCCAUCACGAACAUGCACCUGCGCUUGUUUGAGGUGGCCCGAGACCACCUCCACCAAACGGGAAUGUACCAGGUGAUCGAGGGCAUCAUCUCACCUGUCAAUGACAGCUAUGGGAAGAAAGACCUAGUGGCUUCCCAUCACCGAGUAGCCAUGGCCCGGCUGGCCCUGCAGACAUCUGACUGGAUUCGGGUAGACUCCUGGGAGAGUGAGCAGCCACAGUGGAUGGAAACGGUCAAGGUGCUGAGGCACCAUCACAGCGAGCUGCUCAAAUCCUCAGCCUCCACGGAAGGUCCAGACCCCAGCAAAACCCCGUCAGCCUCUGCAGCACUGCCCGAGCUGAAACUCCUCUGUGGAGCAGAUGUCCUGAAGACCUUCCAGACCCCCAACCUCUGGAAAGAUGAGCACAUCCGGGAGAUUGUGGAGACGUUCGGCUUGGUGUGUGUGAGCCGGAGCGGUCAUGACCCGAAAGGGUACAUCUUGGACUCGCCUAUCCUCCGACAGUUCCAGCACAACAUCCACCUGGCCAGGGAACCCAUUCAGAAUGAGAUCAGUGCCACAUACAUCAGGAAAGCCUUGGGCCAAGGGCUGAGUGUGAAGUACCUCCUCCCCGACACUGUCAUCAGCUACAUCAGGGACCACAGCCUCUACAUCAGUGACAGUUCCUGGAAAGGAAAAGGAAGGAGUAGCUAGAAGGCCUCCGAGAGUGGGCAGUUCUGGGCUUUGUUUUGUUUUGGAGUCUGUGUUUCCCUUUCUGCUUGUUUUGUUUCUGUGGUGGCAAUGCCAUUGGUGACUUCCUUCCCUGACAGACUGUUCCUAUGGCUGGGAUAAUUGUGUAUCAGAGCAAUUUAAAUGGCGUGGCAGGUCAUCCGAUUAGACAAAACCUCUCAGAGCCACUGGCAAGGAGACCUGUUUACUUUGUGUAAAUGGAAAUGAUAGGAUGUACAUUGAUGUUAUUCUGAACAUGGCAGGUCCCGAGGGGUCAGAUCAGUUGCCCUCGUGCAUUUUUUUUUUUAAACUCAGACCAGGUGCAGUAUACUGGUCUUGAUUGGAAGGAUUUGACAGGGUGCUAAUUACUGAACAGGGGACCUUUGCAACGUCCUUGUUUCAAACAGAAUAAUACCAUGUGAGGAUUCAGAAAUCUGGAAACAGUACAUCAUGAUUUCCAGUGUAUUCUCCCUUACAAACAAUUGCCUGCCUGCCUGCCUGCCUGCCUGCCUGCCUGCCUGCCUAUGGUGUAGCAUAAAAAAUUUUGACCACACUCUUUCUAUGUUGUAGUCAAGAAAUACGUAUAAGAUUUAUUGUAUGUGUGCGUGCGUGCGUGAGUGUGUGUGUGUGUGUGUGUGUGUGUGUGUGUGUGUGUGUGUGUGUGUGUAUGGGCAAAUGCAUGUGAGAGGAAAUCAGAGAGGGACCUCAGAGUUCCUGAAACUGGAGUUAUAGGCAGUUGUGAGCCACCUGAUGGAUGGCAGAGCAGCAAAUGCUCUUAACCACUGAGCCAUCUCUCCAGCCCCGUCAAGCAAUAUUUUUGAUACAGCAAGUAUUUUUACACUGCUAUACUCUAAACACCAGGGUUCCCGAUAUCCUGAUUUCUAAAAAGGAACUGAAGUAAAACAGAUGCCUGGCUGUUUUAGAAGAUCUGUUGAAUGUUUUAUGACUGCCUGACUGUUUGAAUAUUGGCAAAAGGAUAAAUAAUAAAUUGACAUCAAAAAGUA